GGGGCGGAGAGCACGGAAGUAAGAGUGACAGAAUUGAUGAACAAAAUGUCGAGAAAAUGAGCAGGAACAAGGGGAUCAAGCCUGGAUCACUGUGACUGUUUCGGUGUAACGGGCGUCACCUAGCAGCUGUCCCUCGCCCGUCGACGCUGGCUCUCUCUACGGCCCUUGUCGACCUUCCUCUUCGUCCGCGCCCUCCCCUGCCCACCAUAGCAGUACCACGCUCCUUCUCUUCCCUGGCGAGUAUCGUGCUCUACAGCUCUCUCGCCGUCCUGGCUUUUCAGCAUUCGACCAUCAGAGUAUAACAAAUAAGUCUCAUCUUCUCUGGCAACCGACCCAAUCUUUGAUUUUAGUCGGUCAAGGGCCCCUGCUUUCCUUUCAUCCUUCAUGUAUCUCCCUACGACGGGCCUCUACUUUGCUCUUCUCUCUGUUGUCUUCUUCCAGCUUACCGCUGUCGAUGCUUCGCAUUCAUCUCUAACGCAUUCGCACGCCCGCCGCUCGCUUGAGAUUCGAAGUAAACAGUCCCGACGGGUUUUGGGGACGCUUGAGCGUCGGGAUGGACUCCUAGACCCUCUUAUUGACGUGCUGGGUCCGCCCGUGAACGAUCUUACGGACACCUUGGGCUUGGGAAAAGUCUUCCAUGAAGGCGACGAUAAUACGGCUGGUACAACUGAAGUUGUACCACCGACAUCAACGGUGGUUGAUGAUCCCCCACCGACAGACACUGCGCCUGCGAGUCCAACGGAUGUUCCGCCUGAGACACCAACUGAUACACCUACGGCAAGUCCAACGGACGUACCUCCAGUCACUCCUACAGACACCUCUCCAGUGACGCCUACGGAUAUUCCUACCGACACGCCGACAGUCACUCCGGCGGACACACCGACAGUCACUCCAACGGACACUCCAACGGACACACCAACGGACACGCCGACAGACUCGCCGACAGUCACCCCAACGGAUACUCCAACCUCUACGCCAACAGAUACUCCUGUGACCUCGCCAUCCACUGACGAUCCGACGUCGGCUGUUUCUGAUGUACCAACGGAUACGCCAACGCCGACACCCACAGAUCCUCCUGUGUCUACUCCUUCGGAUGAUGGCUCCAGUACAGGUGGAGGAGGCUUGGGUGACAUUCUGACAUCGGUGGUUGGAGAUGUCACCUCAGGCCUUGGAGACGUUACGUCCAUUGCUGGGAGUGUCAUUUCUUCGCUGACUAGCGAAAUACUGCCUCCCCCUACUCCGCCACCGACUACUACGGACGCUCCAACGACUGUCUCAUCAGAUUCGCCAACCGAGGUACCGUCGACGACGCCCAGUGAUAGUCCCACUGUCAUCGCAAGUCCACCUGUUUCCUCUCCGGACAGUGUUACGGACGCGCCGACGACCCAGGUGACGCCACCUCCAGUGACUUCCUCGGGCGAUACUUCGUCCCCUGAACAGGAGACAACCAAGCAGCACCACACUUUCUCGUUCCCGUCAAUCAGUUUCCCGUCAAUCAGUCUGCCGUCAAUCACCAUUCCAAAUCCUUUCUCGACGCCCAGUGAGACCCCGACGAGUUCCCCUGACGAGGUGACAACCCAACCUACGUCGUCGCCGGACCAGCAUACGACUGUCAGUAGCCCGCCGACUGGUAUCACCAUUAUUCCCUCGAAUCCUGUUACGAUCUCGAAUCCGAUUACUAUUCCUUCGGACCCGAUCACUAUUCCGUCGAAUCCGAUCACUAUCCCCUCGAACCCGAUCACCAUUCCUUCAGACCCAAUUACCAUCCCGUCGAACCCAAUUACCAUCCCGUCGAACCCAAUUACCAUCCCGUCGAACCCAAUCACUAUCCCGUCGAACCCGAUUACCAUUCCCUCAGACCCGAUUACUGUUCCCUCGAACCCGGUUACCGUUCCCUCAAACCCGAUCACUAUUCCCUCUAGCCCGAUUACCAUCUCUGACCCUAUUAGCAGCCCUUCGAAUCCGAUCACGAUUCCCUCGAGCCCGAUUACGAUUUCGAACCCAGUUAGUGUCCCUUCGAGUCCUGUUACGAUUUCCGACCCUAUUACGACGAUCUCGCAACCCGUUAUCACCUCGAACCCGGUCAUUACCUCGGAGCCUGCCAUUACUUCGGAACCUGUCAUCACGUCGAAGCCGGUCAUUACUUCGGAACCACCCAUCACGUCGAAUCCGGUCAUUACUUCAGAGCCUGGCAUCUCGUCGCAGCCAGUUAUUACUUCAGAGCCUGGUAUCACGUCGCAGCCAGUUAUUACUUCUGGGGCAUCCCAGCCCAUCAGCUCUGGGGAGGUUACUUCGGUGCCUGAGGUUACUUCAAAGCCCGUGAUUACUUCCGAUCCUAGUUCCGCCAUUUCUUCAGGUGUUGUUACGACCGAUGCUCCAUCUGGAUCGAUUUCAUCUGGUGUGCAGGUGCCUUCGGGUGUUUCUUCAGGUGUUUUUUCAGGUGUUUCUUCAGGUGCUAGCUCUGUCGUCAUCAGCUUCCCUACCGGACUUAGUACCACGGCCUCCAACUCGUUCUCUUCACUUUCUGCGGUGUCGAGCGCGAUGCCGGAUUCAGUUACAAGUGAACCGCCCCUGGAGUCGCAGUUUACUUUCCUGUCUACCGCCACUUCUUUGUUGGUUGCUCCCACUGUGGUCUCGAGCAGUCUGUCGUUGAGUGAUCCGGAUGCGCCCACUACCACCUUGGAUUUAGAAACUAGUGCUCCUCCCACGGCUAGUCCUUCAAUCAUUGCUUUGCCUUCCGAUAUACCUGCUAGGGUCUUCCCUGCUCAGGGUGUGACGCCCGGUGUAGACAAUAUGGACGGUUUCGAGUUCAUCUCCAUCUUGUUCGAUAACCAGUUGCGUUGGGACUUCGUCGCAACUCAUACGGAAUCUGCCAGUCAGAUCUUUGCCUACACGUCGGUUUUGAUUCGAAACGCGCUGAAGAUUCCUGCUGAUCAAGUCAAGACUUAUGCACUGCAAGUUUGGAAGGGUACUGAUUACAAGGGUCCAAACGAUAGGGAUAAACUGUUGACUAUGUGGAUGGGAUAUAUUCCUCAGGGUACGGUCGAUGACCUCGCACAACAGCUGUUAGUCAAGACCUCGGAUUUCUAUACUGCAGCUGGUCAACCCUACAUCACCCUCGCCACCCACGUCAAUCCGGCAUUCCCUAUCAAUGCCGUGAGUGCGCCGGGAACUACUGCUGACGGCGGAACGGUCUCCGAUAACUCUGGGAACAGCGGUGCUUCGUCAAACUCGUCCAAGACUCGCGAGAACGUGAUCAUUGGUGUCGUCAGUUCGCUUGGUGGCAUUACGUUGCUCGUGCUGGCGUUCCUGGUCGUUCGAGCUAUCAAGCAGCGUAGGGAGCUUGCUCAUCGUCGUCUCUCUGAUCCUCCCACUGGUGGUGAGGUUAUGGGCUCGCGUCCCGAGAACCAGGACUUUGACAGAGAUAGUGUUGGCGGUCCGCGUCGGCGCAGUUUCUAUUAUGCGGAGGACUCGUUGCGCGGAUUUGGUGAAGCUCCUGCCGCGGAUACGUAUGAUCAUGUUGUGAGCGAAGCUGGGAUGAGAGAACGGAGGCCUGUGAAUGCGGGCAUGAUCUCUACGCCUAUCCUGAGGGACAACACGAUGAACUGGUGAUUAUAGCAGCGCUCGUAAGACCAUUGUGGUUGGCCUGCUUUCAUUGUGCUUCCAUCCCUGGGGAGCGCGGCUUUUCGUUUGUUUUUGGGUUGUUUUUGGUUUCGUCGAUUGUGUUGACUCUUCGUUGAUUGUUUGUAUCUGGGGCGUUCGUGCAUGGGAUGAUGCUAUGUAUUUAUUGGUGGGUGUACCCCUCGAUGGACAAAUCUUAUGACUUACUCACCCACAAUGCCAUCGCUACCCUUCCUUCCUCCUGCGUUCCUUUUCGCAUGCGUACAGGUAUUUACGUUCGUCGUCUGUUUGUUUUAUCACCACUUUGCCAUCAUUUUUUACUUUCUUCCCCGUGUAUAGAGCCCUGGAUGCAGCAGUAUAUACCCUACCUGGUAUUCACUCCAGUUGCUUUAUUUUUCGUCUUUAUUUAUGGUGGUGACCACCAUGCUUGGUGGGCAGUGCCCCUUUUCUUAAAAUUGCAUCUAAUGAAAGUAGUGUAGUACAUGCUGUCUGUUUUUUCUUCGUAGCGCACUGGGGGCACCAUGCAUCAUUUUUCGAACUCGAAUAGACCAAGUUUGGUGUUCAGUUCAGUUGGGCUGUUAAGUAUGACCUAGGAUCUAUUGUAGGUCGUGCCAAAAACCUUCUUGAGAUGGCCAGCCUGCUCAUGUCUUCAUGCUAUCCAUAUGGCUGAGAUUUUGCGGCACACAGGUCAUGGUUGAACGCUCUUCUCCGUGAAGCGUUCAAAGGAUCCUCUUAGGCUGUAUUAAACUUGCAAACCACUGUAUAAGAAGGUAUGACCAUGAGUGACAAAUGCUAUGACAAGGCGAGAACGAAAGCGUUGUUGAAUCUGGGGUGAAGGUGAUACAGUUCUGCAGUAAUAAAUUAUGGCGGGUUCG